UCCGGGGGGCUGACCUGGCGGGGAGUGGCAGCGCAGUCCGCUCCCGCGCCGCUUUGUGCGCGCAGCCGCUGGGCCCUCUGCUCCCGGGUCUGCCCCCCGGGACGCCCCCCUGCCCCGCCCCAGUCAUGCAACUCUACCUGCCUUUCCGCUGUGGACCUUUGGGAAGCAGUCGCCCACCCCGGGGGCUCGGGCCCUGACCCUGCCAGGAGCCGACCAAAACCUCCUGCGACUGAGCACAACCAUGGUGCAUCCGGAUUCUCCUCAGAAGUGAGACUUUCCAAAGGACCAAUGACUCUUUUCCUCAUGCCCUUUCAGUUUUUCCUGCUCCGUAGCUAUGUCUCGAUCUCGCCAUGCAAGGCCUUCCAAAUUAGUCAGGAGGGAAGAUUUAAACAAAAAGAAAAACAGCCAACUGAAGAAGGGAUCUAAGCCAGCCAACAAAAAUGUGGCGACAGUCAAGACUGUGAGCCCUGGAAAAUUAAAGCAAUUAAUUCAAGAAAGAGGUGUUAAGAGAAAAACAGAACCCAAACUGCCUAUGCCAGUCAGAAGCCUUCUGACAAGAGCUGGAGCAGCACGAAUGAAUUUGGAUAGGACUGAGGUUCUUUUUCAGAACCCAGAGUCCUUAACUUGCAAUGGGUUUACAAUGGCUCUCCGAAGCACCUCUCUUAGCAGACGACUCUCCCAACCCCCAGCAGUCAUAGCCAAACCCAAGAAAGUUUCACUGCCUAAGAAUCUAGGAAAACAACAUGAGUGUGAUUAUAAGGUACUUACUGACAUGGGAGUAAAGCACUCAGAAAGUGAUUCAGUCCCAGUGCAAGACCCCUCAAUCCCUCCUGAUAUAAAGAAUCUAAUUGGCAUACAAAAUGCAUCAUUAAUAAAAAACGAGAGCCAAGAGACAACCCAGUCUUGGUCCCAAAGUGUGGAGGAUUCCAAAAUAAAUCACUCUACUCAUAGUGGCCCUGCAGCAGAGGUUCUUUCUGGGUCAUUGGAAGGGACACGUGGUGGUGAAGGACUAUUCUCUAGAGAGACAUUGAAUGAUAUUAGUGAUUCCCCUAGAAUGUUUGCUCAGGACACUUUCUGUGUUCCUUUGCUCCAAAAAGCAGCCCUCAGGGUUACCUCUGAAGGAAACCCCAGCAUUCAGUUAGAAGAUUUGGGUUCACGAGUAGAAUCUCUUAAGCUAUCUGAUUCUUACCUGGAUCCCAUCAAAAGUGAACAUGAUUGCUGCCCCACCUCCAGCUUUAAUAAGGUUGUACCUGAAUUGGACCUUAGAAACUGUUUGUCUAUUGGUGGGUCAAUAUAUCCUACCUCAUUAAUACAACUCCUCUUGGCAGGUUCAGAACAAGAAACCCUUGGUGCUAAACCAGAUCAUCAAGAGGUACUCAAAUCUACCCCAGAUGAACAGGAAGUUGCUGAUACCACCCCUGUCCUAGGACGGGCCUUUAGUGCUGUCCCACAUCAAUGGGAAGUUCCUGGUGCUAACCCAGUUCAUGGAGAGCCUCUGGGUCAGACCCCAGACCCACCAGAGAUUCCUGGUGCUAUUCCAGUCCAAGGAGAGGUCUUUGGUGCUAUCUUAAAUCAACAAGUCCUCGGUAUGGUUGGUGGUACUGCCUCAGACCCCGAUAUCUUUCUUCCUGCUCCUCUUAACCCAAUUGCUACCUGUAAUGCUCUCCCAGAAUGGCCUGAGCCCCAGAGCACUGUUUCAUCUGGGCUUGAGGUCCAGGGCACUAUGCAGAUUUUGCCUUCGGGCUUAGGUCACACUCCUCAACCAUCAUCAAACUCAGAGAUAAGUUCGGUACCUCCCGCAAUGGCUAUAAACAAUAUAGAAAAUAAGAAGAAGGUUCAUAUAAGCUUUCUGCCAGCUAACACUCAGGGGUUCACAAUAGCCCCUGAGAGAGGACUCCACCAUGCUUCACAGGGCAUUGUCCACCUCUCCCAGGCCAGUCCCAGCAAAUUGGAAGGAGAGAGCUCCCAGAUCAGUGCCACCAGCAUGGUUGACAUCAACACCACAGUGGUGUCUAGGCCAGUGUCACUUGUCAGUACCUCCUCUUCUCCUUCCUACACAACUUUGCUACCUACUUUGGAAAAGAAGAAACGAAAGCGAUGUGGGGUCUGUGAGCCCUGCCAGCAGAAGACCAAUUGUGGUGAAUGUACCUACUGCAAGAAUAGAAAGAACAGCCAUCAGAUCUGUAAGAAGAGGAAAUGUGAGGAACUGAAAAAGAAGCCAUCCAUCAUUGUGCCUUUGGAGGUUAUAAAGGAAAACAAGAGGCCCCAGAGGGAAAAGAAGCCCAAAGUUUUAAAGGCAGAUUUUGACAACAAACCAGUAAAUGGCCCCAAGUCAGAAUCCAUGGAAUACAGUAGUUGUGGUCAUGAGGAAGAACAAAGAUUGGAAUUGAAUUCAUGUCCCUUAGAAAAUGUAACUAAAAAUGAAGAAAGUAUGACAGGUAUUGAAGUGGAAAAGUGGACACAAAACAAGAAAUCACACUUAACUGAUCAUGUUAAAGGAGAAUUUAAUACAAUUAAAACAGAAGCUGAAAAUUUGAAAAGCUCUGAAGAUGACAGGAAAAAAAUCCUACUUACUGACCUCCUUGAACCUCAAAAGUUGUUUGCACAAACUGUAAGAAACGGCAUUAAAAAUGUACACUAUUUGCCAACUGAAACAAAUUUGUCAUUUAAAAAAAUCAACAUUGAAGAACUUGGCAAGGCAUUUGAAAACAAUCCUUAUAAAUUCCUGAAAGACACUGCAAACCAUAACAAUGCCAUGAGCGCCAUUGCUACUAGUGCGAGCUGUGAUCAUCUCAAGGGGAGAAGUAAUGUUUUGGUCAUUCAAAAGCCUGGCUUUAAUUGUAAGUCUUUUCCAGAUCCUGCAAACUGCAACUUAAAUAGUCGUACAAGUAUACACAAUGAAAGUGAUCAACCAAAAUCCCUAGAAAUUAUAACAAAUAGAGAACUAAAAGAAGGAUCAACACUUCAACCAAGUCUUCUAUCCCUAAUGAAAGAUAGGAGAUUAACGCUAGAACAAGUAGUGGCCAUAGAAGCUCUAACACAACUUUCAGAAGCCCCAUCAGAAAAUUCCUCACCAUCGAAGUCAGAGAAGGAUGAAGAAACAGAACAGAGAACAGCUAGUUUGCUUAACAGCUGUAAAGCUAUCCUGUAUUCUGUAAAAAAAGACCUCCAAGACCCAAAUUUACAAGGGGGGCCACAAAGCCUUCAUCACUGUCCAUCUCUGGAAAAGCAAAGUUCAUGCAACACAUUGAUGUUCAAUGGCCAAAAUAUUUCUAAGUCACACAGCAGCUCACCUAGUGACCAAGCAUCCACAAAGGCACAGGAAUAUUCAACAGUCACAAAUUCAGUAUCUGUUUUUAUACCAAAUUCAAAUUCAUCUAAAACCGAUACCAAUAAAAAUGUUGCUCAAGGUAGAAUUGCUCUUGACAAUUCCAAAAAUUUGCAUCAGUUGACAACAACAACUAAUAAAUCGGAGUAUUGUAACCAGUCACUGGACAGCAGCAUCAAGUUGGACUCAAAGGAUGAUCCCUCAUGUCAAGAUACAGUUCAUAGUAAAAUAGAAGAAGAUGUUGCUGCACAGUUAACACAACUUGCAUCAAUAAUUAAAUUCAAUUGUAUAAAACCGGAGGACAAAAAAGUUGAAAGUACACCAACAAGCCUUGUUGCAUAUAAUGUACAGCAAAACUAUAGCCAGGAGAAGGGCACAAUAGAGCAUAAACCACCUUCCAGUGUCCAAAAUAAUCAAGGACCUUCAGUAACAAAGCAAAAGAACACAAUCCAGAAAAAGACAAAAUCUACCCCAUCAAGAGAUCGACGGAAAAAGAAGCCUGUGAUCAUAAGUUGUCAAGAAAAUGACCAGAAAAAACAGGAACAGUUGGCAUAUGAAUAUAGUAAGUUACAUGACAUUUGGAUAGCAUCCAAAUUUCAAAGAUUUGGUCAAUUUGGUCCACAUGACUUUCCUAUUCUAUUGGGAAAAAUUCCUCCCUUAACCAAAGUAUGGAAACCACUGACUCAAAGGAGCUCAGCAUUAGAACACAAAAAAUUAUUUCCUCCACUCACUCAAAUAAAAUUUGAGCGGUAUUAUCCUGAAUUAGCACAGGAGAAGAUGAAGGUUGAACCCUUGGAUUCUCUCCCCAUAAUCCAGUUGAAAACAGAAUCCAACGGACAGGCGUUUACAGAAAAUGGAUAUGCUCAGGUACAGCCAACAGUGAAUGUCAAUCAGAAAGCUCAUCCUUUACUCCAGCCAUCCUCUCCAACUAACCAGUGUGCUAAUGUGGUGGCUGGCAAUGACCAAACACAGUUCCAACAGGAUGUUAAAGACCAAGUCACACAUCAGAGGCUGCCAACAUUGCCUGGUAUCUCUCAUGAGACCCCUUUACCGGACCCAGCACAAAUUCUCAGGAACCUAAAUGUAGUAUGUUCAGGUGGAAUUACAGUGGUUUCUACCAAAAGCGAAGAGGACGUCUGUUCAUCUAGUGUUGGAGCAUCAGAAUUUUCCCCAAUAGACAGUGCACAGAAAAGUUUUAAUGAUUAUGCGAUGAACUUCUUUACUAAUCCUACGAAAACCCUGGUGUCCACAACAAAAGAUUCUGAAUUGCCUACCUGCAACUGUCUUGAUCGAGUUAUACAAAAAGACAAAGGCCCAUAUUAUACACACCUUGGGGCAGGACCAAGUGUUGCUGCUGUCAGGGAAAUCAUGGAGAAUAGGUAUGGUCAAAAAGGAAACGCAAUAAGGAUAGAAAUAGUAGUGUACACGGGGAAAGAAGGAAAAAGCUCUAAUGGGUGUCCAGUUGCUAAGUGGGUUUUAAGAAGAAGCAGCGAUGAAGAGAAAGUUCUUUGUCUCGUUCGACAGCGUGCAGGCCACCACUGUCCAACAGCUGUGAUGGUGGUGCUCAUCAUGGUAUGGGACGGCAUCCCUCUUCCAAUGGCUGACAAAUUGUACUCGCAGCUUACGGAAAGUCUAAAGUCAUACAAUGGUCAUCCCACAGACCGAAGAUGCACUCUCAAUGAAAAUCGUACCUGUACAUGUCAAGGAAUUGAUCCAGAGACUUGCGGAGCUUCCUUCUCUUUUGGCUGUUCUUGGAGUAUGUAUUUCAAUGGCUGCAAAUUUGGUAGAAGCCCAAGUCCUAGAAGAUUUAGAAUUGAUCCAAGUUCUCCCUUACACCACUACUAUGAAAGAAUUACUAAAGGACGUAAUCCAGAAAGAAGAUAUAUGAAACCGGAACCAAUCUGUCCGGAACACGAGGCCAUGGAAAAAAACCUUGAAGAUAAUUUACAGAGUUUGGCUACAGAAUUAGCUCCAAUUUAUAAGCAGUAUGCUCCAGUUGCUUACCAAAACCAGGUGGCGCUUGAACACGCUGCUCAAGAAUGUCGGCUUGGCAAGAAAGAAGGUCGUCCUUUCUCUGGGGUCACUGCUUGCCUAGACUUCUGUGCCCACCCCCACAGGGACAUUCACAACAUGAAUAAUGGGAGCACGGUGGUCUGCACUUUAACACGAGAAGAUAACCGCUCAUUUGGUGUUAUUCCUCAAGAUGAGCAGCUGCAUGUACUUCCUCUUUAUAAACUUUCAGACACAGAUGAGUUUGGCUCAAGGGACGGAAUGGAAGCCAGGAUCAAAUCAGGGGCCAUCAUGGUCCUCGCACCCCACCGCAGAAGAAGAACACGAUUUACUCAGCCAGUUCCUCGUUCUGGGAAGAAGAGAGCAGCAAUGAUGACAGAGGUUCUCGCACAUAAGAUAAGGGCUGUGGAAAAGAAAUUUAUUCCUCGAAUCAAGCGGAAGAAUAAUUCAAUGACAAACAACAGUAAGGCUUCAUCGCUGCCACUUUUAGGGAAUAAAACAGAGACUGUGCAACCUGAAAUAAAAAGUGAAACUGAACCCCACCUUAUCUUCAAAGGUUCGGACAACACUAAAACCUACUCACCGACCCCAUCCAUUCCUCACCCAGUGAAAGAGGCACACUUAGCUCCAGGCUUCUCCUGGUCCCCUAAGACUGCUCCGGUCCCAACAGUUCCUUUUAAGAACGAUGCAUCAGUUUCGUACGGGUUUUCAGAAAGAGGUAGCAAUCCCCACUGCACAAUGCCUUCUGCAAGACACAGUGGUGCUAACGUAGCUGCUGGGGAGUGUGCUGAAAUUGCACAGCCUGGUGAAAUGGUUCCUCUUUCCACCUUGCCUACUCCCAUGACAGAUUCCCCGGCUUAUUCUGAGCCUCCCACUGGUCCAUCUGAGCAGCUAACUUCUGAUCAGCCAAACCAGCAGCCCCCGUUCAUCCCUUCUCCUCAUGAACUUGCUUCUUCUCUGGCGGAAGAAGACGAGCAGCAUUCUGAAGCAGAUGAGCCUCCGUCAGAUGACCCCCUAUCAGACGACCCCCUGUCACCUGCUGAGGAGAAACUGCCCCACAUUGUUGAGUAUUGGUCAGACAGUGAGCACAUCUUCCUGGAUGCCAAUGUUGGUGGGGUGGCCAUAGCGCCCGCCCACGGCUCUGUUCUGAUCGAGUGCGCCAGGAGAGAGCUUCACGCCACGACUCCUGUCGAGCACCCCAACCGGAAUCACCCUACACGCCUCUCUCUUGUCUUCUACCAGCACAAAAACCUGAAUAAGCCCCAACACGGCUUCGAACUAAACAAGAUUAAGUUCGAGGCGAAAGAAGCAAAGAAUAAGAAAACUAAAGCCUCCGAGCAGAAAGACAAGGCAGCUAACGAGGGUCCUGAACUGUCCCCUGAAGUUAAUGAAUUUAACCAGAUUCCUUCCCACAAAGCGUUAACAUUAACCCAUGACAAUGUUGUCACCGUGUCCCCUUAUGCUCUCACACAUGUUGCGGGGCCCUAUAACCAUUGGGUCUGAAGGCUUUUCUCCCCUUCUUAAUGCCUUUGCGAGUGCAGUGUAUUUUUUCAAGGUGCUCUUAAAAGAAAGUCAUGUUGUCGUUUACUAUAUCUUCAUCUCACCCAUUUGAAGGCUGAGGUAAAAAAAAAAAAAUGGGGGGUGGGUAUUUCUUAACUGUGACUAUAUUUUGACAAUUGGUAGAAGGUGCACAUUUUAAGCAAAAAUAAAAGUUUUAUAGUUUUAAAUACAUAAAGAGAUGUUUUGGUUAGGUGUUAACCUUGGUAGAAUCACUCAGUUUGGUGCUUUAAAUUGUUUACUAUGAAACGAGUCAUUUUUAGAGGAUUUUAACAGGUUCAUGUGCUAUGAUGUAAAAUUAAGACACACAGUGUUAACUCUACACAGCUUCUGGUGCUUAACCACAUCGACACAAAAAUAAGCUGAAUUAUUAUUUCAUGGUGCCAUUGUUCUAACAUCUUCCAAUCAUUGCUAGAAACUCGGCAUAUUCCUUUGAAAUGAACCAAUGAAAUGUUUUCUCUCUUAAAAUCUCUCUCCUGUAUAAAAUAAUUCAUUAUUGUUGGUGAUGGUUGGAGGCUGUUCAUAAAUUGUAAAUAUAUAUUUUAAAAGCACUUUCUAUUUUUAAAAGUAACUUGAAAUAGUAUAGUAUAAGAAUCCUAUUGUCUGUUGUUUGUGCAUAUUUGCAUACAAGAGAAAUCAUUUAUUCUUGCUGUGUAGAGUUCCAUCUUGUUACCUGCAGUAUGUAUUCUAAUCAUGUAUAUGGUUUGUAUUUAAAUGAGUCCUUUCUCAUUCAAAGAUUAGCUACUUAUAUAAAAUAGUUAGGUCAUGCAAAAAUGGUUAAUUCUCUCUAAAAUUGGAAUUAGGAAGCAUAUUACCAAUAUUGAUUAACUUUUCUUUGGAACUAAAUAAGAAUGGUCUCUUCUGAUUUAUUGAACAACAAUGGCCCUAAUUUACUUUCACCCCAGCUUUCUCAAUAUAAUCCAUGAAAGGUGUUUCCAAAAGAAGAUGAGACAUAACAGGAUUCUGAAGAGUCAAAUGCUUCUAAAGUUUCAAGGUGAUAAAAUACAAAAAUUAAGUAGCAAGAACCUUAUCCACCCCAAAUUGCCUUAUUCAUUCUGAAAGUCAUUCUGGUCCAGAAUAAGAAUAAAUGUCCUGUAGAAAUAUUUUGAAAAUAAAUUCCCUAUCAUCAUCAUCACACACACCCCCACACUGUAAACAAACAGUAGGAAUGGUAUUAUAAGCCUGGUUUGUCCAUUAAGAGCUAAUCCAAAGUAGUUCAUCUAAGUAUAUUGUUCUGGGGAAAUGUUAACUCAUGUUCUUCUAGGUAAUGGGAAAAUAGGCAUUCCAUUUAGUUUAGUCCCCCCCCCAUUAUUUUUUCCCAUUACUUUAUUAACUCAUUUUAUAGCAAAACAAAAGUAAUUGCCCAAACAAAGAACAAGAAGAAAUUUCAAUGAAAUACUUGAUUCUGUUAAAAUGCAGAGGUGCUAUAACAUUCAAAGUGUCAGAUUCCUUGGGAGUAUGGAAAACCUACUGGUGCUUCUCCCUUGGAAAUGCCAUAGGAAGCCCACAACCGCUAACACUCACAAUUCUGGUGCAAAAGCAAAAGUUCCAACAAGCUCUCUAAAGGAAAACUCAUUGUAACUUAUAUUAAAAUAAUAUAUGGUGCAAAGUAUCAGUUUCAAGCUUUUGACUAAUUUUGACUAAAGGAAUAUGAAGGGAUUGUAAAUAACAAAAUGUCCAUUGAUAGACUAUCAUCUUGUCGAGUAGAUUUCUGCUUCUUGAAUAUGUAAAAUAGAGUAAUUCAUUGACUUGUUUUAGUAUUUUGUGUGCCUUAGAUUUGUUUUAAAACAUGUAUAUUUUUGUGAGCCUAAGGUUACUUAUACAUAUAAGUAUAUAAAUAAGUGAUUGUUUAUUGUUUCAGCUGCUUCAAUAAGAUAUUACUAGUAUUAGACUAUCAGGAAUACACCCUUGUGAUAUUUUGUUUUAGAAUUUAGGCCUUAGCUCCCACUAGAAAUUAUUUCCUCACCAGAUUUAAUGGAUAAAGUUAUAAGAUCCUUUAUCCAUCCACCCAUCUAUCCGUUCUUCCAUUCAAUUUUUAUUGACUGUACCCCAAAUUUAAGUAUUAGCUUUUGUUUUUCUUUGUCACCACCAUGACAUAGUAAACUUGAAGAAUUAAAAUCCUAAAAGAUAAUCUAACACAUUUUUCAAAAAUAGCAAAUUUCCUUCAAAACAAUCCAUUGUGAUACAUCUGCAGCAAUUCAAAUCAGUUUGUCACCAACUUUAAAUAAAUUCCUUAACAAUCUAAACCUGAAGCACCAAUGUUGACUUAGGGGAAUAUUUGGAUUUGUGAAGUUAGUUGCAAUUUACCAAAACAAGUACAUGAAAAUACCCUAUAUCAACUAAAAUAUUUCCAUUCUGUUAUUGUAAGUAACACCAUGAAUGGCCUGCCUCAACUGAUAACCCCUUGGUGGGACCCACAUAUGAUUCUUUCCUUGUUGAACUCUAUUUCCUAAAUUUCACAGUGUACCAUCCCGUUGUUUGCCCUGUGACUUUUUUUUUUUUUCAAAGCUCAUGCUUAUUCAGUGUCCUGCAGCAUUGUGAUUGUAUGCUGGCUAUACUGUUUUUAGAAUGCUCUUUCUCAUGAAGCAAGGAAAUAAAUUUGUUUGAAAUGACAUUUUCACUCAGAAAACUGGUCAUCUAACAUUAUUUCUACACUUAUGUUUUACUGUACUAUCACCUUUUGUUUUACCCCUUUUAUAGCACUCGUUGGGUUUUUAAUCUUCUGCCUUUGUUCAUGGUAUGAUAAUUGAAUUCAUUGAUACUUGACUCCCAAGUUAGCCCAAUCUGUUCAUAGUAGUUACAGAGUUACCAACUAUAAUGAGAGAAUAAUUCCUACCUGUUGUAGAAUCCUACAAAGUGUCAUGCUGCCCUUCAAAAUCCUGCUUCUAAUGGAUCUCAGGCCAUCGAUGAAAAGUUUUUCUUGUGCUUGUCAGCCUCACCUACAUCUUUCCAAUUCAUCCACAAAGUACCAAUACAUCGUGUCAUAAAACCUGAUUGAAAUAUAUUAUUGGAAAGUGAGGCUAGCUGAAAAUGUUUAACUAUAGGUAAAUUUUUGCAACAUGUUAGCAAAAUGUUUGCAUCUUAAAUAACCUUCCACAUCUUUAUUAUGCAAUCUGCAUGUGGAUGAAACAAUUUCAUUUGUUAAAUAUAGAAUUUCAACUAGAUGAGAUUCAUAAGCAAUUAGACAUAACCCCACUGCAUAGUUAAUUGAAUGCAUACCCCUGUGUAAAUGAGAUACUGACUUAAUUCAUAUGAAGUAACCUACUUUCUAAUGUUACUACUUCAGUGGACUCCUACUGAUUAUCAUUUAUUUCACAAUAGCAUGUAUGAAAAUCACCCCAAUCUAUUUAAAUUAGUCUUCUUAAAACAAAUUAUAUCUUUUAUCUGGAACAAACUUUUGACAUUGCAUGACAACUUCCACUGAAUAUGGGCACAGCAUUUCCUUUGAAUGUGCCAAGUAAAUCAGUAGCUGUAUGUGACCUUUAAUAUAUAGCUACCAUCUAUUUCACAACUUCUUGAUGCAUGGAAAUCUUUUUGGUCUAGAUUUAGUACAACUGGGAAUUUUGAUCUUUUGUAGAAAUUUUUGAUGAGAAUUGUGAAAUAAGGUAAUACAGAGGCCUCUCACAGCCCUGGAAGACACCUUAGAAGACAUACAAUUCAAUCACUGGAGCCCAGACAGCAGAUGUGAGUGUCAAUGUGCAAUUAUGUUUGUAAUUAAAAUUUAAACAGUCAAGUGAAGGCCACUUUGUGGUUAAGAAGACUCUAGGAAAACAGACUUGAUCUGCUCACCCACAGGGGAUUUUAGCGCUGCAAAGUAACCUUAUUUUUGGUACAAGUCAAAAAUAAAAUGGCUUUGAGUUUUUUUCUGAGUGGUUCAGGGAAAGAAAUUAAGUGAAAUUGGAUCAAGAUUUCCCUGCCUGCAGAGUUCUGUGGGCCUUGUAUGGGAAAUCUAGAUGACUUUUACCUAUGAAGCUGUUCUGUUGAUUCAUCUCACAAAAUGUGGCAAUAGUCCUAUUUGCUAUUUCAAUAAACAAAUAUCAAGUACUGAUAGAGUACAGGUUUUUAUUUCCCCUCGAACAAGUGUUUGGCAUAUAUAAGGAGUUAGAAAAGACUGAAUGGUUAGAAUAAUUGGGGAAAGUAUAUUUCUAUUGUACAUACUCCCUAGCCAUAGUUGUACAGUCUAUUCACACUCUUGCCUAGUUGGCCUCACAACUAAGUCCCAGCAUAGCUUAUUUUGAUGGGACUAUCUAUCAGUAUUAGAAUAGUUUUGUUGUGCACAGCUCCUAAACUUGCCCAUAAAUGUAUGGAACUUGUAUAACUUCAAUGUCAAUGGUUGUGGCACACUUAUCCAAGUGAUAGAAUCAGUGCUCUGAUUUCUGAAGAAGUCUGGAUUUAUCUAAAUCAAAUUAUGCUCCAUGUUGAGCUUUCUUCUAACAGGUUUAGAAAAUGAUGCCAGGAGCAGUCCCUCAGAACUAUCUGAGAGAUUGCCUCCUGGGCUUGAAUUCCUCGGAAAGUCCUCUGAAUAAAACACAAUCCUCAACUUAAAAAAAGAUGCCAUCCACGGCUCUGGAAUACAGUUUGGAAAGAAUCAGUAUGUCCUUUAUCAGAAGUGGAAUUUGUGUAUUUCCUUAAAAUGUUUUGAGAACAUAGGAAUCUUUGCUUUUCUCUAGUGUAUAAAAUAAGAGUGUAAGUUCCUCUGUUAAUUUUGGAGAUGGUGGAGCUCGCUUUUACGCGGGACAUCACUUUUUUUGUCCACAAUGAACUCUACAAACUUUAAUUCUCUGCGUUCCAGGACCUGAAUGACUUUGUUUCAAUGCCAAUUUCUUCUGGGCACCCAAUCGAAUACCAUUGUUCGCUUCAAAGGGCAUGUGUUUUGUUCCUUCAAGUAAUCCAAAUGUAUUUCUAAUUUUGCCACUCCUCAUUUUCCCUUCUUCUGUAAGGGCACAAAAAUGUGUUUCUCUUUGGCUAGUAUGCAAUGUUUAAUAUUUCUAGCUUUAAAAGUCUAACAUUAAUCUUUUCUUUGUUGGUUGUACUCCUUUCCCAUCCCUACUGUGAUGUCCGUGACCCUGCCUGGGUCAUAAAUUUUCUUCUGGUUCGUUCAGCCAUAGUUGUCCCUUAAAUUAAAGCAAAACUUAGUCUAAGGUAGAAAUGUUAUACAUUAGUCGAUUUAACCCAUUUAUGUGUGAGUGCAACUUUGGAAACCCUGGGUUAACAGUAUACACCUAGUUUUCCUAAAAAAAAA